CGUGCCGUUCCACAUUCUGACACCCAUCCGAGGCCAAGUGUUUCUUCCAUCCACAGAGACAGAGAUUUCUUAGGGAGAUUGCUGCAGCAGGCCGAGCGUUUCUUCCAUCCAAUACUUCUUCCUCCUCCUCCUCGGGGUGACUCUUCGAGCUGGCUAGCUGUCCCAUGUGUAGGUAGAAAAAGGAAUGAUUCUUCUCUCACUUCUGCUGUGCCUUGAAUCCAUACCUUCCUAUAAAAACCGCUCAAUUUGAUGGAGUUCGAGUUGUUUGGUGUCAGCUUGAAAUGGAAUGUGAGUUGUUGCUUCCAGUAAAUGGAGAUAUUUGGCGGAGAUAAAAGGCUGGUGUACAGCUCAUACUUUCCGGACCUCCGCCUCCUCCUCUACUCUGCUCUCUACAAAAUCAAUCGCCCCUGCCCUCAUCAUCUCCUCUCUACUGUAGAUCGCCGAGAAUCGAUUGAGGGUGUGACAGAAGACUCCUCUCUCUGUCUCACCACUCCUCUUCUUCUGGUUCAGAUCACCAGGCUUGAUCUCACCUGAUUCCGAGUACUCCUAAGGACUGUCAGACAACCAUGGAGGCCACCGAUAAGAGGUACACUGAAGACGGGACAACAGAUGUCCAUGGUAGGCCAGCUGUGAGGAAGAACACUGGGAAUUGGAGAGCUUGCCCCUAUAUUCUUGCAAAUGAAUGCUGUGAAAGGUUAGCAUACUAUGGGAUGAGCACGAAUUUAGUGAACUAUAUGAAAGAUCGUCUCAACCAAGGGAAUGCAAAAGCAGCAAAUAAUGUCACUAACUGGUCAGGCACAUGCUAUAUUACGCCACUUCUCGGGGCUUUCAUCGCCGAUGCUUACUUGGGAAGAUAUCGGACAAUUGCUAGUUUCAUGAUAGUUUACAUCAUUGGUUUGAUAUUGUUAACAAUGACAGCGUCUGUCGAGGGUCUGAAGGCUCCUUGUAACCACGGCGUCUGUGAUCCAACAACAGCACAAACAGCAGUGGUCUUUGUGGCUCUUUAUCUCAUUGCUCUGGGAACCGGAGGAAUAAAGCCUUGUGUCUCUUCUUUCGGUGCUGACCAGUUUGAUGAAUCGGAAGAAUCAGAGAAAAAGAGGAAGAGCUCCUUCUUCAACUGGUUCUAUUUCUCCAUCAACAUUGGGGCUUUAAUUGCUUCUUCUGUGCUGGUGUGGAUACAGAAUAAUGUCGGAUGGGGUUGGGGCUUCGGAAUACCAGCAGUGGUGAUGGCUAUCGCAGUUGUGAGCUUCUUCCUGGGAACCCCAUUGUAUAGACACCAGAAACCCGGAGGGAGUCCUAUAACACGAGUUGCGCAGGUUAUUGUGGCAUCUUUGAGGAAGUCUGGAAUGGACGUACCAGACGACAAGUCUCUUCUAUAUGAGGUGGCAGACAAGGAGUCUGUCAUACAAGGUAGCCGAAAGCUUGGACACACUGACGAAUUCAAGUUCCUUGACAAGGCUGCAAUUGUCACUCAGGAGGACAAGAACCCUGUGAGCCCCUGGAAGCUUUGCACCGUCACCCAAGUAGAGGAGCUCAAGAGCGUCGUGAGGCUUCUUCCAAUAUGGGCGACCGGCAUCGUCUUCUCCACAGUCUAUGGCCAGAUGGGAACCAUGUUUGUACUGCAAGGCAACACCCUCGAUCCUUACAUGGGUCCUCACUUCAAGAUUCCUGCGGCUUCGCUCUCCAUAUUCGACACCAUCAGUGUGAUCGUCUGGGUCCCCAUCUACGACCGCAUCAUCGUCCCGUUGGCUCGGAGGUCCACCGGCCGCGAGCGCGGCUUCACGCAGCUGACCCGCAUGGGCAUUGGCCUCGUCAUCUCCAUCUUCUCCAUGGUGGCUGCUGGAAUUCUGGAGGUCGUGAGGCUCCGCAUCGUGGCAAAUCACAACAUGUAUGACUCCCACGCCUACCUGCCCAUCUCCAUCUUCUGGCAGAUCCCUCAGUACUUCAUUGUGGGAGCAGCUGAGGUCUUCACCUUCAUCGGGCAACUGGAGUUCUUCUACGACCAGGCACCGGAUGCCAUGAGGAGCUUGUGCUCUGCGCUGUCCCUCACCACCGUGGCACUCGGCAAUUACCUGAGCACCGUGCUCGUCACGGUAGUCACAGGCAUCACAACGAGGAACGGGAAGCUGGGUUGGAUUCCGGAUAACCUCAACCGAGGGCACCUCGAUUACUUCUUCUGGCUCCUGGCAGUUCUUAGCUUGGUUAACUUCGUGGCAUACCUUCUCAUUGCGAAGUGGUACACCUACAAGAAGACAACAGAUGAGGAGUUUGAUUAUGGCAGUUCUUCGGAGUUGGGUACGCAAGGUUGAAGAUGCUAAGCUAGCUUUGAGUCCUUUGUUUGAUUCAGAUCGUGCUUAUAAUUUAGCCUUCUUGCAGACGGCUAAUAGAAUUGCAGCAUGUGGAAGUCGUUCUUUUCUCAUGAUGUAGAUGAGAUACUCUUAGUGGUCGUUUGCUAAGAUAAUUGAUGUGCAUGACUUUGACACUCGUUAA